AGUCGUAAAAAUCAGUAUUCUCAUUAGAUUAUAGGUAUUUUAUUUUAUUCAUAAAUGUGUCUGUGCUCAUAAAUACCAUGAGUGAAAGAAAAUUUUCUCGCAGUCUGGGAAAGCCUGGAAUGGCAGCUCAACUUAGGGAAACUGUGUCUCAAGUAGUUAGAGAGAGCACCGAUCAUAACAAACCCACACUUGUUGAACCAAUUGACUUUGAGAACUUUAUACUGAAAAAUAAAACCCUAAUUCAGAAUGACCCUCAGAGAGAACUCUUGCUUUACCCAUCUGACGAUGUUUCGCAUGUAGUAUUGCCUCGUAAGUUCCGGACUGUCAGCCCUAAUGUUCCCCACGGUGAUGAGGUCAAGGAGUGUAACCUAUUUGUAAAGGAGUGUCUCAAAAGUUAUACGUCCAAUUGGACUCUGAUACAUUACAAGUACAGUGCAUACUCUGGGACCUAUUUAGAACUUCCAAAGAUUUUGAAGUCUGAAGAGUUAAAAGACGAAGUUUAUGAAGUUGACACUGAUGUCGAUCAGUUAGAUGAGGAGCUGUCGCCAAAACACGAUGGAAUAACCAAGCAAGGUUAUCUGAUGAAAGGUCCUGAAGUGGGGAAUGACCGAAUGUUUGUCAAUAUCGGGUCCAAGUCAUUUAAACGUCGAUACUGUUACCUCAGGAGAGAAGUUGAUGGCACUUACAUUCUGGAACUGCACAAGGAUGAGAAGAAAGGGGAUGCUAAAGUGACCAUUGUCAUGGACUUUUGUACUGAAGUUGUUAGGAACACCAAGAGAGGCAGGCACUGUUUUGAACUAUGGAUGACAGCUGGACACAAGUCAUACACUCUGGCUGCGGAGUCGGAGUCUGAGCUGCAGGACUGGGUCAGCAAGCUGCAUCAGGUGCUGCAGCAUAACAGACAACAGGAGGAGAAGAGAGCUGCAUCGCUAGAGAGAGCCAGUACUGCCACACCGUCAGCAACAAUAGUACCUCUGUAUGGAACACUGAAGGGCUUGGAGCAGAGCGUCAAUCCUCAGCUGAUGAAAUAUGCUAGAGAAACUGACUCUUCCAUAGCUUUGGCGAGGAAAGACAACCGCAGAAGGCUGUUCAGUGUGUAUCCAUUCAUGCCUUUGUCGAAGGCAGGGUCAAGUCAGCUGGGAGAAGCAAGCGUAGAGCCGUACCGGGAACACUUCGGUCAGCGACUGCUAGUCAGGUGUGAGAACCUCAAGUUCCGUCUGCAGGCACCCAUCAACGGCGACAGAGAGAUACUGUGUCAGUUGGAGCCUUACCUGACGACCUUGGCCCUGUAUGACGCCAAGGAAGGCCGCAAGCUGACCGAGGAUUUCCAUGUGGAUAUUAAUCACAACAUAGUUGUCGGACUGUUGGCUGAUCCUGAGGGAACUUCUGAGAACAUCCUGGGUGAUUUGUUACCGGGUCCCUUACGGCCCAGACAGGCAGUGUUCAGUGUCAGCAAGCCCCACUCUGACAUCUAUAUUGUGCUGAGGAUAGACAAGAUCCUACAAGGUAGCAUCAGUCAGGUGACAGAGCCUUAUCUCCGCUCCACCAAGGACCCCAAACUCGGCCUCAAAGUCCACAAGGCAGUCAAGGCCUGCGCCCAGAGGUUGGGUAAAUACCGAAUGCCGUUUGCUUGGACUGCCCGACCUCUGUUCCGCCUGUACAGUAAUGAACUUGACACAUCCUCAGAUUUCCCAGCCAUUUAUCGUCAAGAAGCUGGGAAAUUAAAGGAUGAAGAACUGUUAAAAAUAUUGGCUGAAUAUAGAAAACCAGACAAGUUAAAUAAGCUGACAACAAUUCCAGGGUGGGUUCACAUCAGGAUAGAAGCCCUCACUGAGCUCCCAGAAAAUUGCCUGACUUGUUCUCUGUCCCCUCUGAAGCCAUUCAGUGCCUCUCCCAACAGUGAGGUGACUGUAGAGGUGGCAGAGCUAUGUCCGGAGCCUCAGCCCUUCACUUCCUACCUCAACCACCUGUACGUUUACCCGCAGAGCCUCGCCUUCGACACGCAGAAGAUGUUCACUCGCGCACGCAACAUCGCAUGCACUGUGCAGUUGCGGGACGAUGAUUCUGAGAAUGCAAAGAGCGUAACGUGUAUCUACGGACGCAAUGGUCUGCUAGUCAGCAGUGCUACCUGUUGUGUUCUGCACCACACCACCAACCCUGCCUGGUAUGAUGAGAUCAAACUACGUCUGCCAGCCAAGCUGACCAUCCACCACCACCUGCUGUUCACCUUCACACACAUAUCAAUAGAGGGGUCCAAGAAACGGGAGACAGGACCUGAGAACACUGUUGGAUACGCUUGGAUACCUCUACUGCAGAAAGGAAGACUCAAUGUGGAAGACCAAACCAUCCCAGUCGCAGCUAAUCUUCCUCCUGGUUACCUGUCGGUGCAGCCUCUGGGACUCGGGAAAGGGUAUGCAGGACCAGAGAUGACAUGGGUGGACAACCAGAAGCCAAUAUUCAGUGUCAGUUUCCAGCUGUGCUCCACUGUGUACACCCGAGAUCAACAUCUGCAAAACUUGUUUGCACACGCAGAGAGACUACACGAACCCAAAACUGGGGCUAGUCCUCCCCCUGAGACAGAGACCUGCAAAAUACUCAAGGCCACCCAUGCUAUUCAUCUGAACACAGCCAUAGAGUUCCUGCCCACUCUGCUUAACCAGCUGUUUAGCCUGUUAGUGCUGUCACCCAGUCCUGACGUAGGAUUGAACAUCAUCCGUCUAUUGAUCCAUCUGGUCCAUCUAGUACAGGAGGCUGGCAGAGCUGAUAUUCUCUCCACCUAUGUCAAGUUUGUGUUUGCUGGAGAGACUGUAGCCUCACGAACUGUCCAUGAAGAACUCUGUAGUCAUCUGCCGGAUCUGCUCAAGCCAGAAAACACAGACUUCCUUCUGGUCAACAAGUUUCUACCACAUUCCGGGUUUUUCUUCCAAAUAAUUGUAAAAAGCAUGGCUCAACAUCUGUUGACCACUGGGAGGAUCAAGAUGCACCGCAAUGAAAGAUUUUCCACAGAUUUCUUGAAAAAGGUGGAGUCCUUAUUGAAUGUGUUGACUCCCUACCUAUCUGCCAAGUAUAGAGACAUGCCUCAAGAAAUGCUGAAACUCAACUCAAACAUCGCUGACUUCCUUAAGAAAUGCCUGACAUUUCUCGAUCGUGGUUUUGUGUUCCGCAUGAUAAACUGUCAUAUUGCCUGCUUCACUGGUGCUGAGGCUCGGGGCCUUCAUGACCUCAAGCUUGCGUUUCUACAGAUCAUCACAACCCAUGAACAUUACAUCUCCUUCAACCUGCCUCUGCUCAUCCGUACUGCUCGUUAUCUUGUUGCAGAAGAGUUCACGCUGACGGAGGAGUUCUGUAGGCAACACUUCCUGGUAGGUUUGCUGCUACAGGAAGUGCGUGCAGCUCUGUCACACAUGGUGUGUGUGCGUCGUCCAGCCAUCACUGUACUGCGCGACCUUGUGGCCAAACACGAACUGGACGAUCGGUACCAGAACAAGGGUCAGUUGGCUCGUAUAGCCACACUGUACGUGCCGUGGCUGAGUCUAGUACUGAUGAACCUGCAGAGGCUCAGUGUAGUGUCUGCCAGCCAACAGCACCAGACAGCCAAGAGCAGCAGUCUCAGCAACAGCAGCAUCAGCACGCCACAACACCAAUCCUUCAUCCGCGGAGGGCCAGGCGGUGCGCGGGCAUCUGUCAACCUGCACAUCAGGGACUCUACGUACUUCGCUGCAAUUGCUGGCCAAGGUUUGUUGAACGGAGCUGGGUCGUCUGGCAGCCUGGACUCAGAGGCUUCAUCUAUGUCUGGUGAUGGCACCUCUACUGUGAGUCAAGAGACAGCUAUACAGCGCCCAGACUGUACUCCGGCAUCAUCCCGCCACUCACGAUCUGUCAGUGGUACUCAGGUGGUGAGGUGUGACAGACUACAGCCAGUGGAGGUCAAGGACAUCCUUGUCUGCUUUCUGUUCAUCCUCAAACACAUCAGCCACGACCAGAUGAUCUCGUGGUGGCAAAACUGCUCUCAAGCGGAUAUAUUGAGCUUCUUCAAAGUUAUUGAACUGAGUCUCCAUGAGUUCAAGUACACGGGUCGGCGGCAGAUCGCUGGGUAUGUCAACGGUGGUAGUGGUCCACCAGGCAAGGGAACUACUAAGGCUAUGACAUUGCCUGCCCGCAUGCAGCCCCCGGACUUCUCUGGUGACUCCCCUAUACUGCCUCCCCACAACACACUCAGUGGCAGCAACAGCGUCGGCCGUGAGAACAUGGCACACAGAGAGAAUGAGUCCAGCACCCUCUACCAGGCUCUGCUAGAGGCCAACUUGGCUACAGAGGUGGGUCUCAUUGCGCUAGACUCCCUCGGCCUCUACUGUCAGCACUUCAGGGACUCUCUGAUGGUGGAUGACGGUGACAAUCCCGUGAUGAAGGCUGUGUUUGACCUCUACCUCAGCUUUCUCCAGGUCGGACAGUCGGAAACACUGUUCCGUCACGUGUUUGCAGCUCUCAGAGCCUUCAUCAACAACUUCUCUCUGGCCCUGUUCCAAGGUAACGCAGUGUUGUGUGGCAGACUAUGUCUGGAGCUUCUGAGAUGCUGCAACAGUCGACUGUCAGCCAUACGUCAGGAGUCUUGUGCUAUACUCUACCUGCUCAUGCGCAGCAACUUUGAGUUCUCCAACCGCAAGGGGUUGACCAGGGUUCAUUUACAGGUUAUUAUCUCCGUAUCUCAGCUGUUGGGUAACAUUGUGGGUCUGAACAACGCUCGCUUCCAGGAAUCUUUGUCUCUGAUCAACUCAUACGCCAACAGUGACAAGGUUAUGAAAGGAACAGGUUUCCCUGUGGAAGUGAAGGACUUGACGCGGCGCAUACGCACAGUGCUGAUGGCGACUGCGCAGAUGAGAGAGUUGCACCACGACCCUGAGAUGUUGGUAGACCUGCAGCACAGUCUGGCCAACAGUUACGCAUCCACACCAGAGCUACGUCACACCUGGCUGCAGACGAUGACUAGACAUCACGCCAAGGAGGGAAACUAUUCUGAGGCUGCGUGUUGUCAGCUGCAUAUUGCUGCUCUUAUUGCACAGUACCUCAAGCUGAAGGAGGCCCAGUCAUGGGGGGCUGAGGCCUUUGAUGCUAUCUCCUCCAACAUACCUAGAGAUGAGAUAUCUCUCAAAUUGGACUCUGGGGUACAUGAUGUGCAGUACACGGAACAGUCCCUACUUGAGCAGUUGGAAGCUUGUGCAGAGUAUCUGGAGAAGGCGGAACGGUUUGAGUGUCUUGGCAACCUUUACCGACUCAUUGUGCCGAUUUAUGAGCGUCGACGGAACUACCCGGCACUGGCACAAUGCUACCAGAACCUGGCACAGGCUUAUACUAAGGUUGUGCAAGUUCAACGUUCAGGCAAGAGACUUCUUGGAAGAUACUACAGAGUGGCUCUUUAUGGACAGGCUUUUUUCGAGGAUGACAGUGGUGUUGAGUUUGUAUACAAGGAGCCAAAGGUGACUACACUCAGUGAGAUAUCAGAGAGACUGUUACAUCAGUACAGCAGCAGGUUCGGGCCUGAGAAUGUCAAGAUCAUCAUGGACUCUGCUCCGAUGGCCUCGAGUGACCUGGAUCCCAAGUUUGCCUAUGUACAAGUGACCCACGUGACACCGUUCUUUGACAAGACAGAGGCCGAGGACAGACUGACAGAGUUUGAGCAAGCGCAUGACAUCAGCAGGUUCAUGUACGAGACUCCCUUCACGCUGGACGGCAAACCACGAGGACUGCCUAGUCAGCAGUGGAAGAGACGGACUGUGCUGACCACGGAAUAUUCAUUUCCCUAUGUGAAAAAGCGGUUGAGAGUGGUUGAGCGCAGUGAGAGUGAGUUGACUCCAAUUGAAACAUCAAUAGAUGAGAUGAGACAGAGAGUGUCGGAGUUAGAGGAUGUCGUCUUCUCACAACCCACGGAUGUCAAGAAACUACAACUCAGGCUACAGGGAAGCGUGUGUGUACAAGUGAACGCAGGUCCUCAAGCUUACGCCAAAGCUUUUCUAGAACCUAGUCAAGCCUGUCAGUUUCCAGAUGACAAAGUGGAGGAACUCAAAGAUAUCUUUAGGGAGUUUGUGAGAGUUUGCUACGCAGCUCUGCAGCUCAACAGUCAAGUGGUGAGAUCAGAUCAGGCCGAGUACCAGGUGGCGCUCAAACAGAACUUCCAGAAGCUGGUGAUGGAGUUGACAUCCCUACUGGGGGAGUCUAUGUGGCCGGACGAUGAAGUCGGGUCCUUCAAACGCAACAGUCAGGCUUUGUUUAGUGCUAUCAGUGGAGCCAGCUGCAACUCAAGUGCUGCGUAAGUCACAACAAUACAGAACUGCAGAGUGCGGACAUUAUUACGUAGAUCAUCACGAGACUAUAAGAUCAUCGUUGGACUGCAUAGAUCAUAGGAAGAUAAUUGAAGUUGAUGUAUUGAGCAGAACUUUGAUUAUCACGGAUCUGUAUUGAUUAUGAGAAGACUGUAGAUCAUCACAAAGUAGUUAGGUCAUCACUUGCAUUUUUAACUGGACUGCAUAGGGCAUAACAGGAUUCUGUAGAUCAUCAAAAGAUCUUGGCAAAACUGUUUUGAUCGUCACUAGACUGUAUAGAUCGUAGCAGGACUGAGUACCGAGUAGUUUAUCACUCAGCUGUGACCAAGGUGGUUUCGGGUAGAUUACCAAGUUACAUGAUUCACGACGGCACUGGUAGCUUUCAAGGCGCUGUGUAGCAUUCCACAGUUCCUCAUCUCUAUACGCUUAGUUUAUUGAUUGCAUUUUAUAGAUGUAUUGUUCUAAGGUACAGCCUAUUGCAACUGGUGUACCUCCCAUAGUGUAAGAGGCUUGCCACAUAAGUUACCUCAGAAACAAUGUUGUGUCAGUUUGCUGUUGAUUUGUUUUGUCUUAUGUUUUGAAGAAUAUGGUUUAAAUGGCAAAGAUGCAUCUGACAAUAUUGGUAGCAAAUUGGUAAAGGAAGGUACAGUGCAAAAUUUGUGUGCAAGUGUGCGAUUUCAGGUUGAAGAACAUAAUUUAGAUUACAUCAAGCUGUUUUUUAAACAUUGUUAUACUCGUAAGUAAUUUAAAAUUCAACUGUUUUUACUCUGUGUGGAAUACAAUUUUUGUAACUCUAAGAAGAGAUCUGAAGUUUUUUAUUAUUUUUUGGAACAUUUAUUUUCUUGAAAUGAAACAUGGUGAUACAUGAUUAUUGUUUUUGUAUUAACUAUUACAGUACAUUUUAUUUUACACUAUAUAUUUUAUAAUGCAUUUUAUUUUAGAAUCAUGCAAUUAUAUUUAUUUACAUAUCAUUAAAAGUAUUUAUCUAUAUGUAUAUAGAAACUUUUUAUGAUUUGAUAUUAUUUAUUAAAU